AUCUCAAGUCGAACUUCGAAGAUUUUCUAGAAACACCACAGAAACACGGACGAAAAAACGUAGGUACAUAACACGGCGGAGUAUACUUUUUCAUAAGUGGACCUCUUCUGACAAAUUUAUUAUAUUUUCAAGUCAUUAAACUACUAAUCACUAUUGUCAAAUUCAAUAACAUCUCGAUCUAAACAAUCCAAUAGUUUUCCGAAUCUGCGUACCGCACAUAAAUUCAUCAACCUACAUAAACCGGUUGCAUCAUGUUGUCUCGAAUGUGCGUAGCUCGCUCUGCACUCAAUGUGACACAGACAUUGAAAACACCAGUACCCCAAAAAUUUGUACCCAGAAACUAUGUAAUUAGAAAUUAUGCCCGCGAACCUAGAUCUCGCGUUGCCACACGCACACAACCCACUAUGUGGGAAAAAUUAAUGGCACCAGCUGGUCCCAAUGCAUUCAGCUUGGGAAAAGGUGCAUUGGCAGGAGCAUCAGCAGUUGGUCUAGUGGCUCUCUGCUAUUAUGGUUCUGGAGUUAAACCUGGCACUCUCCAGGAGGCACAUCUCUGGCCACAAUAUGUUAAAGAUAGAAUUAAGGCAACAUAUGGAUUCAUAGCUGGAUCUAUUGUGCUCACUGCAGGCAGUGCCAUCACAGUCUUCAGAACGCCAGCACUUCUAAACUUGGUUGCAAGAAAUGGAUGGAUGUCUAUCAUAGCAACCAUGGCUCUUAUGAUUGGGUCUGGCAUGGUGGUGCGAGGCAUGGAGUACAAGCCUGGCUUUGGAGGGAAACAAAUAGCUUGGAUGGUCCACACUGGCAUCAUGGGGGCAGUCAUUGCACCCAUCUGUUUUCUCGGUGGACCUGUACUGAUGCGGGCAGCUUGGUACACAGCGGGAGUAGUAGGCGGGCUGAGCACGAUCGCGGUGUGCGCGCCGUCGGGCGAGUUCCUGAACAUGCGCGCGCCGCUCGCGAUGGGGCUCGGCGCGGUGUUCGCCGCCUCGCUCGCCGGCAUGUUCCUGCCGCCCACCACCGCGCUCGGAGCCGGAUUAUACUCACUGAGCUUGUACGGCGGUCUGAUUGUGUUUGGUGGUUUCCUGCUGUAUGACACACAAGCCAUCAUCAAGCGCGCUGAAAUGCACCCCACGUAUGCAUUACAGCCUUACGACCCUAUUAACUCAGCAAUCUCAGUGUACUUGGACAUCCUGAACAUCUUCAUGCGUAUUGCUAUGAUCUUAUCGGGCGCCGGCGGCAACAAACGAAAGUAGAAGAUGAAUCUACAACGAGCGAAAAUAUAUUUAAAGCGUAGCAACGAAAAUUUAGAAUGUGCUUACUGCUUAAACAACAUCCCCACUAGCUUAGAUAAAUUUUCGUGCUUAUGAGUCCAAAUCGGAUGUCUAUGUGAUACAUUUGUUAAAUAUUGUAAGAUAUUCCCUAAGUUAAGUUAAUUUUAUUUAGGUUGAUGAUAAUAAAUUGACAAGUACCAAAGUCA